AUGGCGCCAACGACACAAUUAUCGGAGGCGGAAGCGCAAUGGAGAGAGAGCUACUCCUCUAUGAAGGCGGCUCUUGCCAAACUCCGUCUCCCAGCGCCGGGGGCACUGGCGCCAGAUUUUGACGGCGAUGAGGAUGAUGGCGAUUUGGACGAGUCCUCGUCAAACGAACAGGGACAGGACGUAUGGGAUUUCAUCUCCGACGACGAGGACGAGCUCGGCGUUUACAGCAGCGACGACCUUGAUGGAGGGGUUGACCUCGGUGGGGAUGAGGGGUCGUCCGCAGCACCCUACGGACUUGGAUGGCUUGCGGCCAAGUGUGAGCGGAUUGCGUCCAAGAACGGGCUGGUGAUGGAGGUGUUCCAAGCCCAGAUUCUAGACCUGUUAGGAUCAAAACAGUCGGAGGAGGAGCUGCAGUCCACCCUCGCCGACCUGAUCGGCUUCGACGAUUUUGAGCUCAUCAUUGAAUUAUUAGCUCACAAGUCAGAGAUAACCGCCGCUGCCGCCGCCGCCGCCGGACCACAGUCCCUGCCCACCCACGAGCAAGGGAGCAACCGGCUCCUAUCCAGGGCCCAGCGGGAGGAGGCGUUACGUCGGCAAGAUUUCGCACACAAGACGAGGGCGCUCGCCACGGCGCAUGCCCGCGAGCCCGAGUACCCUCAUGUGUACAAGACGCACAACGUCGGAGGCAGCAUGCUCGAGUUUGAAAAGUACGAGGAGUACUUUAUCCCCGCCGGCAGUAAGGGCACCCUCCGCCCGGGCGAAAAGCUCGUCGCCAUCUCCGACCUCGACGGGCUGUGUAGGAAAACUUUCAAGGGGUACAAGUCCCUGAAUCGGAUGCAGAGCCUUGUGUAUCCGGUGGCGUACAAGACGAGCGAGAACAUGCUGAUUUGCGCCCCCACGGGUGCUGGUAAAACCGAUGCUGCGAUGCUCACCAUCCUGCAAUGCGUAGGCCAGUAUGUCUCGCCCACUCCUUCCGAGGAUGUGCAGGCGACGGACUUUGCCGUGGACCUCCAGGAUUUCAAGAUUGUCUACGUCGCCCCCAUGAAAGCCCUGGCAGCCGAAGUGACGGAGAAGCUUGGGAAGCGCCUGGCGUGGCUCGGCAUCAAGUGCCGCGAGUACACUGGCGAUAUGCAUCUUACAAAGCCCGAGAUUGUCUCGACACAAAUCAUUGUCACCACCCCCGAAAAGUGGGAUGUUGUUACCCGCAAAGGUACGGGCGACACCGAGCUUGUCCAAAAGGUCAGGCUCCUCAUCAUCGACGAGGUCCACAUGCUGCACGACGAACGAGGUGCCGUGCUUGAAUCUCUUGUGGCUCGCACCCAAAGGCAGGUGGAAAGUACGCAGUCGCUCAUCCGCAUUGUCGGACUAAGCGCCACGCUUCCAAACUACGUCGAUGUUGCCGACUUCCUACGAGUGAACAAGUACCAAGGUCUCUUCUACUUUGACGCUUCCUUCCGUCCCGUGCCCCUUGAGACUCAUUUUAUCGGGGUCAAGGGGCCACCAAGUCAUGGUCUUUGUGCAUUCUCGGAGAGAUACCUUUUCACCGCCAAGAUGCUUCGCGAGAAGGCCGUCGACGACAUGUGCGUCGAUCUCUUUGACCCCUCCUAUCAUCCCAAGUUUGAUAGCGCCAUGAAGGAUGUGAGGAGCUCCAAGGCCCGAGAUAUCAGGGAGCUCGUCCCCCAGGGUCUGGGCGUCCACCACGCUGGUAUGGCGCGGUCGGACAGGAACUUGAUGGAACGUCUCUUUGGCGAGGGCGUUCUCAAGGUUCUUUGCUGCACGGCUACCUUGGCAUGGGGUGUCAAUUUGCCGGCCGCUGCCGUCGUCAUCAAGGGCACCCAGGUCUAUAGCGCGCAGGAUGGUAAAUUCGUCGACCUCGGUAUCCUCGACGUGCUUCAGAUCUUUGGUCGUGCUGGACGUCCCCAGUUCGAAGACACGGGUAUAGGCAUGAUCUGCACCACCCAGGACAAGCUCUCGCACUACCUUACUGCCGUCACGGAGCAGCGCCCCAUCGAGUCCCGGUUCUCGUCGAAGCUGGUCGACAACUUGAACGCCGAGAUUAGCCUGGGGACGGUGACCUCUAUAGCGGAGGCCGUCCAGUGGAUCGGCUACUCGUACUUGUUUGUGCGUAUGCAGCGGAGUCACCAGAACUACGGCAUCGAGUGGGCGGAAAUUAGAGAUGACACCACACUCGUCCAGAGGCGUCGAACCAUGGCCAUCCAGGCGGCGCGGGAGCUGCAAAAGUCCCAGAUGAUCAUCUUCAACGAGAGGACCGAGGAGCUGCGGAGUAAGGAUAUUGGCCGCAUUGCUAGCCAGUACUACAUCCUACACACCACGAUCCAGAUCUUCAAUACCAUGAUGAAACCCGAGUCGACCGAGGCGGACAUCCUCAAGAUGAUUAGCAUGAGUGGUGAAUUCGACAAUAUACAGUUCCGCGAAAGUGAGGCUGAUGAGCUGAUGAGGCUCAAGGCUCGUGAAGAUAUUGUACCUUGCGCGAUCGAUACGCGCGCAGGCGCCGAUACUCCUCAGGUCAAGACCAACAUCCUGCUUCAAACAUACAUCUCCAGGGCCCAGCCCGAAGAUUUUGCUUUGGGGAAUGACUUGAACUACGUUGCGCAGCAAUCUGGGCGCAUUUGCCGCGCGCUCUUCAUGAUUGCUCUCAACAGACGAUGGGGCCACCAGUGCCUCGUCCUCCUCACCAUGGCCAAGUCCAUCGAGAAGAGAAUCUGGCCGUUCCAGCACCCCCUCCACCAAUUUGACCUUCCCAAGACUGUCCUGAAACAGCUUGACUCGAGGGAGUCACUCACGAUGCAAGAUCUCAAGGAUAUGGAGCCCGCGGAGAGGCUUUCCGACUAUCCACGUCGAGGCGGAGAUUGCGCCCUCAACCGGGACGUCUUGAGAAUCAAGCUAUUUAUCGAGCCUGGAUUUUCCUGGAACGACCAGAUUCAUGGAACAUCAGAAUCUUACUACAUAUGGGUCGAGAACUCGGAAACCUCAGAGAUUUACCACCACGAAUUCUUCAUUCUCACAAGGAGAAAGCUUCACGAUGAGCAUGAACUCAACUUCACCAUCCCUCUUUCCGAUCCGCUUCCCACCCAGAUCUACGUGCGCGCUGUUUCCGAUCGUUGGCUCGGUGCCGAGAGCGUGACCCCCGUUUCCUUCCAGCACCUGAUCCGCCCCGACACGGAGAGUGUUUAUACCGACCUGCUCAACCUCCGGCCCUUACGGUUCCAGUUCUUCAAUCCCAUGCAGACGCAGAUUUUCCACACGCUCUACCAUACGCCAGCCAACGUGCUGCUCGGUUCGCCCACUGGCAGCGGCAAGACUGUUGCGGCUGAGCUGGCCAUGUGGUGGGCGUUCAAGGAGAAGCCCGGGUCCAAGGUCGUCUACAUCGCCCCAAUGAAGGCGCUCGUGCGCGAGCGUGUUAAAGACUGGGGUGAUCGGCUCGCGAAGCCUUUGGGCAUGAAAAUUGUCGAGUUGACGGGUGACAACACGCCAGACACGAGGACGAUCCAGGAUGCGGAUGUGAUUAUUACUACCCCCGAAAAGUGGGACGGUAUCUCUCGUAGCUGGCAGACCAGGGGCUAUGUGCGAAAGGUGAGCCUCGUCAUCAUUGACGAGAUUCAUCUACUUGCUGGUGAUCGAGGCCCUAUCCUUGAAAUCAUCGUUUCUCGAAUGAACUACAUCGCCGAGUCCACUAACAACCCCGUUCGCCUGCUGGGAAUGUCAACGGCUUGCGCCAACGCAACCGACCUGGGCAAUUGGCUUGGUGUGAAGGAAGGCUUGUUCAACUUUAGGCAUUCCGUACGCCCAGUCCCUCUUGAGCUGUACAUUGAUGGAUUCCCCGAAGUUCGAGGGUUUUGCCCUCUAAUGCAGUCGAUGAAUCGCCCAACGUUCCUCGCGAUCAAAAACCACAGCCCCGACAAGCCCGUAAUCGUGUUUGUCCCCUCUCGAAGGCAGACGCGCUUAACUGCCAAGGAUCUCGUCAACUAUUGUGGAAUGGAGGAUAACCCUAGAAGGUUUCUCAACAUGGAUGAGGAUGACCUGCAGCUCAACCUUGCGAGGGUCAAGGACGAUGCGUUGAAAGAAGCCAUCUCGUUUGGCAUCGGACUUCAUCAUGCCGGUCUUGUCGAAACCGACCGGCAGCUUUCAGAGGAGCUGUUCCUCAACAACAAGAUUCAGAUUCUUGUGGCCACGAGUACCCUUGCGUGGGGCGUGAACUUGCCUGCGCAUCUCGUCGUGGUCAAGGGAACCCAGUUCUACGAUGCCAAGAUUGAAGGCUAUAAGGAUAUGGACUUGACGGACGUGCUGCAGAUGCUUGGCCGAGCUGGGCGGCCGCAGUUUGACAAUUCAGGUGUCGCCCGCAUAUUUACACAGGACUCGAAGAAGGACUUUUACAAGCACUUCCUGCACACCGGCUUCCCUGUGGAGUCUUCCCUGCACACGGUCCUAGACGAUCAUCUUUGCGCCGAGAUCUCAGCGGAGACCAUUGUCACCAAGCAAGACGCUCUUGACUAUCUAACGUGGACCUUUUUCUUCCGCAGGUUGCACAAGAACCCGAGUUACUACGGGCUCGAGAUUUCCGCCGAGGAGCACAACACCAUUGAAGCGCAAAAACUCGCCAACGACUUCAUGAUCCAAAUGGUGGACUCGUCGCUUGGCGAGCUGCAAAAGUCAUCGUGUAUCGACGUCCAUGGCAACGGCAACAUCGAUCCGACGCCGCUCGGCAAAAUCAUGUCGUACUACUAUCUCUCGCACAAGACGAUACGAUAUUUUGCACGACACGCAAAGGCUGGGGGUUCCUUUUCCGACGUUCUUACUUGGAUGUCGCGCGCCACCGAGUACGACGAGCUCCCCGUUCGCCACAACGAGGACCUGAUCAAUGCGGAGCUGUCCAGAAACCUUCCGUUUGAAGGCACGUCGUUUGGCCUUCCGAUGUGGGAUCCCCACGUCAAGGCCUUUCUCCUUUUGCAAGCCUACUUUUCUCGCAUCAGCUUACCCAUCACCGAUUACGUCGGCGAUCAGACUAGCGUGUUGGACCAGGCGAUUCGUAUCGUGCAGGCCGGCAUCGACGUCCUCACGGAGAUGGGCCACCUCUCGAGCUGCUUGGCCAUGAUGCAGCUCCUACAAUGCAUCAAGUCGGCGAGACAAGACGACUCUCAAGGACAUUGCGUCCCAGAUCUCGAACGGCAAGGCGAAGCACCUCGCCGGAAAGUUGUCCGUGCCGGACAGGUUCUACGAGCGAUUUUCCAAGGCCGCGUCGAGAUUGCCAGACAUCAAAGUUUCGGUGGAGGGGAGCCGACCACGUCGGGCGUGACGGUGCAGCUCAGGCGGCUGAACGCGCUCAUGGACAGAGAGGCGAGGGCGUAUGCCCCGAGGUACCCCAAGCCCCAGACGGAAGGGUGGUUUGUCGUUUUGGCGGAUAGGGUGAACGACGAGGUUCUAGCCGUGAAGAGAAUCGGAUGGCCCCUCGGCGGAGGCACGAGCGCGGAAGAGGAGGCGGACGCGGAGGUAGAGGCAGCGGUGGCGGUAGCAGUAGGGGGCGGUAGUGGUGGUGGUAGUGGUACCGGCGGCGGUGGCGGCGGCGGCGGCGGUCAACGCAAUGCCUCGGGCCCCGUGGCAAAAGUGACGAUGAAGCUGCGACCCGAGGACGCGGGCCGCAAGGUGGAGGUGCGCGUUGUUAGCGAUACCUAUGUUGGUCUCGAGCACGUCAUCGAGGGCAUCGAGGUGCCCGCGCCGCCCAAGCCUAGCGAUGGUGCGAACAAAAGGUGGCGUAAGGUGGUGGUGGGCUCUGCGUCUGUCCUGGACAGGAAGAGGGAAGGCGCUCGUCCUACGUAG